UAAGUUGUCCUGAUAGUAACUUGCAGUUUCAGAGCACAUGCAUGCCGCACGCGCUGCGUUUUGUUACUCCGCUCUACCUCCUGGGAAAUUUACCUUGUCAUUGCCUGGGGUAGCGUCCACUCGUUCCAAAAUCAGAAAAGUUGCAUUUUUCUACCACCAAAGACGUCUGGUUUUCUGAGGGUGAUUUCGAAGCAUUGGAGUGCAAAGGGAAGACAACUACUCAGAGAAGUGAAACAUGACUAAAAGCAAUGGAGAGGAGCCCAAGGUCGGGGGCAGAAUGGAGAGAUUCCAGCAAGGCGUCCGGAAACGCACACUCUUGGCCAAGAAGAAAGUACAGAACAUCACAAAGGAGGAUGUUAAAAGUUACCUAUUUCGGAAUGCUUUUGUGCUGCUCACUAUCACUGCUGUCAUUGUGGGUACCAUCCUCGGAUUUACCCUUCGACCAUACAAAAUGAGCUACCGGGAAGUCAAGUACUUCUCUUUUCCUGGUGAACUUCUGAUGAGGAUGUUACAGAUGCUGGUGUUGCCACUGAUCAUCUCCAGUCUUGUCACAGGAAUGGCCGCCUUAGAUAGUAAGGCAUCAGGAAAGAUGGGGAUGCGAGCUGUAGUCUAUUACAUGACUACAACCAUCAUUGCUGUGGUGAUUGGCAUAAUCAUUGUCAUCAUCAUCCAUCCUGGGAAGGGCACAAAGGAAAAUAUGCACAGAGAAGGCAAAGUUGUACAAGUGACAGCUGCAGACGCCUUCCUGGACUUGAUCAGGAAUAUGUUUCCUCCAAAUCUUGUAGAAGCCUGCUUUAAACAGUUUAAAACCAACUAUGUGAAGAAAAGCUUUAGAGUGCCCAUUCAGCCCAAUGAAACACUUGUGGGUGCUGUGAUAAACAAUGUGUCAGAGGCCAUGGAGACACUUACAAAAAUCAAAGAAGAGUUGGUGCCAGUUGCAGGCUCUGUGAAUGGAGUCAAUGCCUUGGGACUAGUGGUCUUCUCCAUGUGCUUUGGUUUUGUUAUCGGGAACAUGAAGGAGCAGGGCCAAGCACUGAAAGACUUCUUUGAUUCUCUGAAUGAAGCCAUCAUGAGAUUGGUAGCAGUGAUAAUGUGGUACGCCCCUCUGGGUAUCCUCUUCCUGAUUGCAGGGAAAAUUGUGGAAAUGGAAGACAUGGGCGUGAUUGGGGGUCAGCUGGCCAUGUACACUGUCACAGUCAUCGUGGGAUUGCUCAUCCAUGCUGUUAUUGUCCUGCCACUCCUCUACUUCCUGGUAACACGGAAAAACCCCUGGGUUUUCAUCGGAGGGUUGCUGCAGGCACUCAUCACUGCUCUGGGAACCUCCUCCAGUUCUGCCACCCUGCCCAUCACCUUCAAGUGCCUGGAAGAAAAUAACGGCGUGGACAAACGCAUCACCAGAUUCGUGCUCCCAGUGGGAGCCACCAUCAACAUGGACGGGACCGCCCUCUACGAGGCCUUAGCUGCCAUUUUCAUCGCUCAAGUCAACAACUUUGAUCUGAACUUUGGACAGAUUAUUACCAUCAGCAUUACAGCCACAGCCGCCAGUAUCGGGGCAGCUGGGAUCCCUCAGGCAGGCCUGGUCACCAUGGUCAUUGUGUUGACAUCUGUGGGCCUGCCCACUGACGACAUCACUCUCAUCAUCGCUGUGGACUGGUUUCUAGACCGCCUCCGAACCACCACCAAUGUGCUAGGAGACUCCCUUGGAGCUGGGAUUGUUGAGCAUUUAUCUCGACAUGAACUAAAGAAUCAAGAUGCUGAAAUGGGUAACUCGGUGAUUGAAGAGAAUGAAAUGAAGAAGCCAUAUCAGCUGAUUGCCCAGGAAAAUGAAACUGAGAAAUCCAUUGACAGUGAAACCAAGAUGUAGACUAACAUAAAGGAAAUGCUUUAUUCAGUACCAGGUGUUUGAAAACCAUUGUGAAAUGUUUCUCUCCCAUUACAAACUCAUUCUCUCCAGUAAGCCUCUUAUCUCCCUUUUUGCUUCUCUUCCAGGCUUAGGAAGUAGUCAUCCAAAUAUAAGGGAGGAUUUUGGGGUGCCAAAUUGUUUAUAUUUCAUUCACAUUUGAAAGUUUGAGUCACUUAAAUCAUGUUGGUCUAUGAAAGAAGGUACUGAGGUCAAAAAUAGCCCUGAUCAGAUCUUGCAAGUUUAUUGUGUGGCACACAGUCCUAUAAAUGUGAUGUUUUUAAAUAUAAUUUUACAGUUAAAUAAUAGGCAAAGAAUGCUUUUAAAUCAAUCUUUGAAUUUGUAAAAAUUUUCAGAACAUAAUUUCAUAUUGGUAUCUAAAUGAAACAACUUGUUAAAUGACAAUUGGUUAUCAACUGGAUAAUAGCAGUUUUUUUUCUUUUUCUCUUCUGACUUUUGCCCUCAUUUUGUGAAUAAGAGGACAAAGGCAUACACACACACAGUGUAGCUAUGAAGAGGCAUAUUAAGUGAAACUUCUAUGUGUCAAUGGACAAUUCAUGUCCUUCUGGUAGGCCCUUGAUAUCCUCAACUGUAAACUGAGAGAGUUCCCUGAGAUGUCUUUAUGAACUCUUGUAGUUUGAUCAUCCUGUGGCAUCACAAAAAGGCCUGUACUCUCUUUCCUCUCCCACUUUCUGAGAAAGCAUCAUUCCAUGGAGCAUUGGACUUUUAGAAACUACAUUUAUUUGAAAUGGACACUUCUCAGUAUUUGUAUGAUUCACCAGAACCUGUGUCCAAAAUGUUAGAUGUGCAAAACAUCAGGAAGGAAGCCAUCACAAGAGUGGCAUUAUUCAUGAAUUCUUUGCAUAGUUUUCUCAACAGGGAAGUGUUCCCAUCUUUCCUACUCUUCCCAAAAUGAAGGAAGUACUCUUGGAAAGAUGCUCCCCACUGCUCCUCAACUGACACUAGACUCUUAGAAAAAUAAACACAAGACUAGUAGUUAGCAAGCGUGCUCCUGGUCUUACUAAGGAACACUAAAGAGCCUUCCAGGACUGAAAGGAGCACAGUUGACAUUAUAGAGGAUUUUAGAAUACCAAGAUUAGAGGUCAUCUCUAAGAAAGACUUCAUUUAUGACCUGAAACACUUAUUUUCUUGAGUUCAAAAACAUUCACCAAGGAAGUAUGCAUAGCAAAAUAUAAAGUCACUUCUGAUAUAUUUUAAAGAAGUCAAAUAAAUGAUCUCUCUCGAUAGAGGUCCAUGAACUGAAUUCUGUUCUCUUAUUUGAAAGGGUUGUGUGGGUUUCUUUCUUUUUUACUGUAAUCAGAAGUUGUAAAAUUAAAUAAGAUAUGUUUUUAUAUUGGGAUUCCAUUUACCACAUCAUUCAAAAUCUUCACCUCGGUGGGUUUCAGUCUGGUUGUUGUUUCUGAGACAAAUGGUGGACGAUAAAGCAAUAUGAAAUGUUUUUGGUGUGGCUGUAGAAGACAGCAUUGGGAGCAUUUAUUAAAGGUGAUGGAGCUCCCAAGUUUGGAGGAGAUUAAUUUUUUUACCCCCUAAGAAAUAUCCAGCCAGCCCCACAGGGUGGAAGCUCUCAGAUAAUACCAGUCAUGUUUGAGCUUCUGACUGAAAAGGGGUGAAGAAUGGAGUUUAUUAUGCUAACAGACUGAAAAUCUAGACGUGCAUCCUCUGAUGUCCAGUUAGAGAUUAUUUUUCUAUAGAUCCUAAGCAUUAUGUAUGUACAAAGGUUAACAUUAGGCUGUGGUGGAGAAACCACUUAAUGCUGAAGCUCUAUUUGGGAAAUAUACUACAGAAGUUAAUGUACACGGCUGUCAUCUUAUGAAACCACUAGAGCAAAAUUAAUCAUUUCAAAUUAAUUCUCUUACAUAGUGUGAUCUGUUUUUAUACUAACCAUUUCUUGUGGAAAGCAGGUCCUCUAGUCUGAUCCUCUCACCAGCCCCUCAUAGGUUCUGCAUCUCUGUGCAGCCAGGGUGGACUGAAAAGCAUUACUUUGUAGAAGUAUUUUCAAUAAAGAAAAAUUAGUUUUACAUUA